AUGGCACCAAAACCUACAGCUAUCCCAUCCUCGGCGCGUCGAGCCAAACGAAUCAUCCAAUCUCCCUCUGGAUCAUCAUCCGAAGCAUCCACUCCGGCAGCUACAGCCAACGUACCUGUACCAGCGUCCGACAGGAGCCUCAGAGCGAGAAAUAAUUUGAAACGGCCUGUCCCGCCCGAUGAUAGUGAGGUCGAAGAAGUGACUUCGGAAGAAGAAGAGGUAGUUGAAGUUGAUGAAGAAGAAGGGGAAGAGGAAGCGGAAGCGGAAGGGGAUGAAGAUGCCGAUGGGGAUGUCGAUAUGGAAAGAUCAAGAUUAUCAUCUGCGGUAGCCUCGGAAGAUAUCCCGCUUGACGAUGAAGAUGCAGAAGGCGAAGAGGAGGAGGAGGAGGAAAUUGAGGAUUCACCUUCAAAAAGUACUUCAAUUGCCAGUGCGAACGCGUCUAGCUCGGCACUGAAACUCAAGUUCAAAAUCGGUGGUGGUGCAUCUUCGACGAAUUCAGCGGAGAAGAGACCAGGUAGAGCGGCAGCCAAGAAAAGUGCAAAGAAGGUCAAGAAAGUCGCUGAGGAUGAGUUUGCUGAGAGCGACGACGAACUCUUAUUAUUCGGUGAAGGCGCCGACGGCGAUGAAGAUGCCGAAGGAAGUAUCAUAUCCUCUAGAAGGAGUAUAAGUCCGACUAAGAUGACUGCCAGACAGAGGGCGAAGGGGAACAAGGACCUACAGGAGACUUUACUACAAUUGCCCAAUGAAGUAUCAGGGAAGAAGGUGAUCUUGACGGAAGCUGAGAGAUUGCAGAAGCGAGAGGAGACAGCUAGAAGGAGGAAGAGGCAGACUGAGCAGAAAUUACAGGAUGAACAGGACGAAACGAUAAAUCGAUUACUACGAGCUCAAACAUCCAAAUCCCGAUCGAAACUCGACCAGCCCUCACCUGCAUUGGGCGAAGGCGAACUGACGGCUUCAGGUCAGGCCUCUCCUUCGAAGCAACCUUCUUCAAAUAUGAUCAGAUGGUCAAGUACACUAACGAAAGACGGUGAUAUAUUGUUAAGAGUCGGUGCGCCAAAAGAGAAAGAAGAUUGGAUUAGUCUAACACCUGCUGGCGAAGAAGGCAAAGAUAAAUUGAUAGUGAGGGAGAUACCAACGUGCGGUGUGGUCGGUUGUGCGAAAAAGAGAAUAUAUAGGAGUACGAAGAAUUUCGAUAUUGGUGGGUGCUCGCUGGACCAUUUGAAGGCUGUAGAGAAAAUAUAG